GCCCAUCAAACUCCAGUGAAGAAAGUGAAUCCUGGAGAAGAAAGGAGGAAAAUGUUUGAGGAUGCACCAAAAAAGCGAAGGUUGGACUGUAUUGAAAAAGAAAAGAAACAAAAGGAUCAGAUUAGUUUAAUGAAGGCUGAACAAAUGAAAAGGCAAGAAAAGGAAAGGUUGGAGAGAAUAAAUAGGGCCAGGGAACAAGGAUGGAGAAAUGUUCUGAGUGCUGGUGGAGGUGGUGAAGUAAAGGCUUCGUUUUUUGGCAGUGGAGGGUCCGUGACUCCAUCUUUUUCUUCUCGAGGACCGUAUGAACAUUACCAUGCCAUUUUUGAUCAAAUGCAGCAACAAAGAGCAGAAGAUAAUGAGGUUAAAUGGAAAAGAGAAAUACAUGGUCGAGGACAUUUAGAAAGAGGAAUUCCACCUGGAGUUCGUCCAGGAUUUCCUAAUGGGGCUGCAGGUCAUCACCAUUUCCCUGAUGCUGAUGCUAUUAGAAAAACUUUGAAAAGAUUGAAGGCGGUGUCUAUACAAGCCAGUGCAAACAGGCAAAAAGGACAACUAACUGUAGAAAGAGCUAAGCAAGUGGAAGAGUUCCUGCAACGAAAACGGGAGGCUAUGCGAAAUAAAGCUCGAGCAGAAGGACAUAUGGGAAUCCUGCAAAACCUGGCAGCUAUGUAUGGAGGCAGGUCCAGCUGUUCAAGAGGAGGGAAGUCAAGAAACAAAGAGGAAGAGGUUUAUCUGGCAAGACUGAGACAGAUAAGACUGCAGAAUUUUAAUGAACGCCAGCAGAUUAAAGCCAAACUUCGUGGUGAAAAGAAAGAAACUCGUGGUUCUGAAGGACGAGAAGGAAGUGAAGAAGCUGACAUAAGGCGUAAAAAAAUUGAAUCACUUAAGGCCCAAGCAAAUGCACGUGCAGCUGUGUUAAAAGAACAACUAGAGCGAAAGAGGAAGGAAGCAUAUGAGAGAGAAAAAAAAGUGUGGGAAGAGCAUUUGGUGGCUAAAGGAGUAAAGAGUUCUGAUGUUUCUCCACCUUUGGGCCAGAAUGAAGCAAGUGGCUCUCCAUCAAAACAGCAAUUGAGACCUGUUAUUUCUGUCACUUCAGCUUUGAAAGAAGUGGGUAUGGACAGAAGUUUAACUGAUACUCCGGAAACCUCAGAAGAAAUACAAAAGGCCAACAGUGCUGUCUCAAGCAAACGAGAAAUACUACGUAGAUUAAAUGAAAAUCUUAAAGCUCAAGAAAGUGAAAAAGAAAAGCAGCAUCACACUGACGCUUGUGAGAUAAUUAAUGAAGAAGCCAAAGAACAUGACAAAGAAAAGUCAGUUUCAUGUGAUCGCAAGAAGUGGGAGGCGGGAGGUCAACUUGUAAUUCCUCUGGAUACGUUAACACUGGAUACAUCCUUCUCUGCAACUGCAAAGCAUACAGUGGGAGAAGUUAUUAAAUUAGAUCCUGGUGGAUCUCCAAGAAAAGUUUGGGGGAAAAGCCCUACAGAUUCUGUUCUGAAAAUACUUGGAGAAGCUGAGCUACAGCUUCAGACAGAACUGCUGGAAAAUACAACUGUUAGAAAUGAUAUUUCUCCUGAUGGGGAGUACAAGCCCUUAAUUAUUGAAGAAGAAAAAGUACAAUGUAUUUCACGUGAAAUAAACUCAUCAGAUACUGUUUUUUCUCCUGCUGACACAAAAAAUCCAAAGUGCAGUGAGACUUCACAGACAUCACCAAAACCAGAAGGAAAUUUGGAAGAAUCUGAUGAUUUGGAAACAGAAGUUCUACAGGAGCCAAGUGGAAUAAACAAAGAUGAGAGUUUGCCAUGUGUUAUUACUGAUGUGUGGAUUCGUGAGGAAGAAGAAACAAAGGAAACUGAGUUGGAAGAUAGGACCACCAUUCAGCAAAAUGAAAUUUCUGAAGAUGAAAUCCCAAGGAAUGUGGACCAACUUCAUGAAGUGCAUAUAGAACCUGAAAUAGAUGAUUAUCAGCAGCCUAAGUGUGAUAUAGACAAAUCUAUGCAACCAGAACCAUUUUUUCAUAAAGUGGUUCAUUCUGAACACUUGAAUUUAGUUCCUCAGCUUCAGUCAAUUCAUUGUUCACCAGAAGACUCCUUUCUACUUCGAUCUCGCUCUGAUUCACCCCCAAGAAAUAUAAACAAGAAUUCCUUGCUGAUUGGACUUUCAACUGGUCUGUUUGAUGCCAACAACCCAAAGAUGCUGAGGACAUGUUCACUUCCAGAUCUCUCGAAGCUGUUCAGAACCCUGAUGGAUGUUCCCACCGUAGGAGAUGUUCGUCAAGACAAUCUUGAAAUAGAUGAAAUUGAAGAUGAGCAUAUUAAAGAAGGACCUUCUGAUUCUGAAGACAUUGUAUUCGAAGAAACUGACAGAGAUUUACAAGAGCUUCAGGCCUCGAUGGAGCAGUUACUUAGGGAACAACCUGGUGAAGAAUAUAGUGAGGAGGAAGAGUUGGGCUUGAAGAACAGUGAUGUAGAGCAGACCGCAAAUGGGACAGAUGUAGCUGAUGAAGAUGACAAUCCCAGCAGUGAAAGUGCCCUAAAUGAAGAAUGGCAUUCAGAUAAUAGUGAUGGUGAGACUACUAGUGAAUGUGAAUAUGAUAGUGUAUUUAACCACUUAGAGGAACUGAGACUUCACCUGGAGCAGGAAAUGGGCUUUGAAAAGUUCUUUGCGGCUUAUGAGAAAAUAAAGGCUAUUCAUGAAGAUGAAGAUGAAAAUAUCGAGAUUUGUUCAACAAUAGUUCAGAGUAUUUUGGGAAAUGAACAUCAGCAUCUUUAUGCCAAGAUCCUGCAUUUGGUCAUGGCAGAUGGAGCCUAUCAGGAAGUCAACGCCUUCCCUCUGCUCCUUGCCUGCUCCACCCUUACCCCUACCCUUAGGAGGACAUGA